AUGCCGGGCUGCUUCAGCUUGACAGCGUUGCGCGACCGCUGCUUGCGCUACUCCUUCUCAUCGCACGGCCUAAAAUCGACCACCACCGAUUUGGGUGAAGGCACAAUCAUGCACUGCUGGGUCCCCAAAUCCCACUCCCAAUCCAAGCCUACGCUGGUCCUCAUCCACGGGAUUGGCGCCAACGCAAUGUGGCAGUGGCACGAGUUCGUCGCCCCUCUCGCCGCCCGCUUCAACCUCUACAUCCCGGACCUUAUCUUCUUCGGCGACUCCUUCUCGACCCGACCCGACCGCUCCGAGAGUUUUCAGGCCCAGUGCGUCGUGGGCCUCCUGGAGGCCCACGGGGUGAAGAAAAUGAGCGUCGCUGGGAUUAGCUAUGGUGGGUUUGUGGCCUACAGCAUGGCGGCACAGUUUGGGGAGCGGAUAGAGAGGCUUGUCUUAUGCUGCGCCGGGGUGUGUACGGAGGAGAAGGAUAUGGAGAAGGGGAUGUUUCAGGUGAGGAGUGUGGAGGAGGCUGUGAGUAUUUUGCUCCCUCAGAGGCCUCAGCAGGUUAGGCAGCUGCUGAAGAUCUCUUUUCACAAGCCUGCUAAGAAUGUGCCCUCUUGUUUUCUCAAUGAUUUUAUUGAGGUGAUGUGCACAGAACACCUUCAAGAGAGGAAAGGAUUGAUUCAAGCAUUGCACAAGGACAGAAAAUUGUCUGAUCUUCCCAAGAUAUCCCACCCUACACUAAUCAUCUGGGGAGAGCAUGACCUGGUAUUCCCACUGGAAUUGGCGCACCGAUUAAAAAGGCAAAUAGGUGAGAGUUCACAACUAGUGAUCUUAAAGAAUGCAGGGCAUGCCAUAAAUGUAGAGAAACCCAAAGAGAUGUACAAGCACAUGAAGUCUUUCCUCAUUGAUCCACUUCCUCCACCUAAACAAGAAAGCCACAGCAACGGCCGCAAGGUGGAUUGA